AUGUCGCCUAACCCGGACUGGGUCAAGAAGCUGGCCGUGGCUGCGCCGCGGGGUUCCGACCUCCUUGCAGCGGAGCGCUCGGCCAGCAACCUUGAUGUCAACCAGCUCUCUGAUUAUCUGUUCACCAAGGCUGCCCUCGAUACCCGCGACCGCAUACUGAAGAUCCUCCUCAACGACCCCAUAUUUGACAAAUCCCAAAACUAUUUCCAGGGCCGCCAGGAGCGCAUCCAGGCCUCCCUUGGCAAGGCCAAGAGGCUGCGCCAGCUUCAGGUCCAACACAGUUGGUCCGAAGACGAGUACAUGAUCGCCAAUGAUCUGCUUGCCGAACCCACGCCUUAUGGUCUCCACGCGUCCAUGUUCCUCAAGACUCUGCGUGAUCAGGGCACCCCGGAGCAGCACAAGCUCUUCUUGACGCGCGCCGAGAACUACGAGAUCAUCGGGUGCUACGCGCAGACCGAGUUAGGUCACGGUUCCAAUGUUCGUGGCCUAGAGACAACCGCCACGUGGAACCAAUCCGACAAGACCUUCACGCUCCAUUCGCCCCAGCUUACAUCCUCAAAAUGGUGGAUUGGCUCGCUCGGCAAGGUCUCCAACCAUGCGGUGGUCAUGGCGCAGCUCAUCAUCGACGGCAAGCGGUACGGCCCGCAUCCGUUUGUUGUCCAGAUCAGGGACAUGAACACACACCAGCCUCUCCCGAACGUCCAUGUCGGUGAUAUUGGACCCAAGUUCGGCUACAAUACCAUGGACAAUGGCUUUCUUCUUCUCAACAACCUCAAGAUUCCACAUGUCAACAUGCUUGCAAGAUUCUCCCGCGUGGACCCUAGCUCCGGAAGAUACGAGCAACCUGCCAAUCCCGCAGCGAUCUAUGGUACUCUCACUUGGGUCCGGAGCACCAUCGUCCUCCAGUCAGGCUCAGUGUUGGCCCGGGGUGUGACAAUCGCAACUCGCUACUCCGCUGUGCGUCGGCAGUUCCAAGACCUUGAUGCCAAGGGCAACGUUGGCGAGAACCAGGUCCUGGACUAUACCAUGGUUCAAUACAGACUUCUGCCGUUGUUGGCGGCUACGUUUGCGCUCCAUUUCACCGGUCGCAGCAUGAUUAGUCUGUACGAAGAGAAUCAGCAACGAGUGGCGCGUAAGCAGGAACCUCCGAAACUGAAAGACGCAAACCGUCGACCGGGUCCAGAGGAACUCAACCCUGGAGCCGACCUGAUGGCUGACCUGCAUGCUACGUCGUGCGCCCUUAAAUCAUACGGUAGCACUGUUGCCGGUGAAGGGCUUGAGGUCUGCCGCCGUGCUUGCGGAGGCCACGGGUAUAGCUCAUUCUCCGGCAUUGGUACCUGGUUUGCGGACUACCUCCCGACCUUAACAUGGGAGGGUGACAACUACAUGUUGACACAGCAAGUGUGCCGCUACCUUCUGAAGACCGCUCGUGCAGUGCUUGCCGGUAAGGCCGGGGACAAUGACACGGCACGCAUCCUCAAGACCUUCCUCGCCCGUCGCGACACCGGUGCAGCUUUCGAUGUUCUGGCAUCAGAUUCUGAUCUUGUGGAUGCCUACGCUUGGCGUGUCGCCUACUUCACCUUUGAGGCACUCCAGCACCGCGACGUCGACAAGCAGUCUUGGAACAGUCUGCUAGUCGAUUUCUAUCGCCUAAGCACGGCACACGCCCAGUACAUGGUGGUCAAGUCGUUCUACGGUGCACUUGUGGAUCCCUCUCAGAGCUCGCUUGAUCGUCAGACUACCACUGUCCUUCAGCAGCUUUUCCGUCUGUUCGCCCUGCACACACUUGAACGCGAGGCGACCGAGUUCUUCUCUAGCGGUGCUACAACCACGCGUCAGAUACAGCUUGCCCGCAAGGCAAUCAUGAAGCUUCUGGGGGAUAUCCGGCCUCACGCUAUCCGUCUGGUCGACGCAUGGAGCUUUCCGGAUUGGCAGCUUGAUUCGAGCUUGGGACGCGAAGACGGAAAUGUCUACGAGGAUCUGUUCCACAGGGCCAGUGAACUCAACCCACUCAACAAGGUUGUCUUUGACCCUUACCCGCACAACAACAAUAUACUUAAGGGUGAGGAGCCCAAGAGCAAGCUGUAG